AUGGAUCCCAGAGGUCACCACUGGCCGGAGUCUGGCCGUCACUCCCGCAGAGGGAGAGACCGAGAGGACAGCUACAGGUACCGGGACAGGGACCAGAACUUCCCCCCACCUGACCCCAGGGAGAAGGAGAGGCAGUGGGCUCAUGCAGAUGCACGCUACAGGACCUACUACACCGGGCCUGCUGCAAGACCGGACCACACACCCGGCUCUUACAGCAGCCAGCAGUAUGCUUAUGGCUAUGGCCGAGCAGAGCACUCAAGACCUCAGUCCAGGCAUGGGUACGACUAUCCACCCCACGGCCACAGGGAAUACAGGGAGAAUUAUGGUUAUUAUGACCAUGAGUAUUACAGAGGACAGUAUGGGCACGCAGAUGCUGGCCAGUGGAUUCCCCAAGACUCGUGGAGAUCGGACCGUUAUCAUGAAAGACCAUACGAGCAGGAGCCUUCAGGGAACUCCUACACAGAGGAGUACAGGUAUGACCAACAGAGAGACAGCACACAACACUACCUCAGUGACUAUCAGGAUACUCCCUCCAGAGAUAAUGAAGAGGUUUCCUCUUAUUGCCCCGGGAACCUCGCAAGCUCCAAAAACUCAGGGCUCUCUUCUAGCAGCUAUGAGCUGAGUCAGUACAUUAAUGGAGCUGAGCAUAGUGACGCUGCCCCACAGUCCAUUCAUGCCAUAUCUGAUGCAGAUCAUGUACCUGUGUCAGCGCAUCAGAUGACAGCUCCCAUGAAAUACACAAUCCCUCAUCCUGUUGUCAGCUUUGGGCCAGCAGGCCAGCUGAUCCGGGUCACUCCGGGCUUUUCCUCACAGGAGAACACUAGCCAGCUGGAAAUCCACAGUUUGGAAGUCAUUCUUGGUGAGACACAGGAUCAACUGGAGAUGAGAAAGUUCCCUGGACCAUUAACAAGGGAAGGCUUGCACAAAAUAGAUGCCAUUGAGUUUGCCCACCAGAGGGCAGGAGACUGCAUGAGAGAUGACCAACUACAAGACAAGAGCUCUGCUGCGCUCUUGUGGAACCUGCUGAUACUGCUGUGCAGACAGAAUGGACAAAUAGUUGGGUCAGAUAUCGCAGAGCUGCUGGUCCAGGACUCACAUCCACAUGGAGCUUUGGAUGCAGAUGCUGCCACGCUCAUUGAUUUCAGCGACAGGCCGAUGCCUGAGACACAGCCCUGCAGGGGCGAAGACCUGCUGACCGGGGGUCCAACCAGCUCCAGCACUGAGACUUCAGAGCAGGCCCUGCAGAGUUAUACUAAACUGCUCCUGGCUGGAAGAAAGAAGGAGGCCUUGGAGUCGGCCAUGAGCAGCGGCCUGUGGGGUCAUGCACUUUUCCUGGCUAGCAAGAUGGACAACAGGUCUUAUACCACUGUACUGAACAGGUUUACAGGCCAGCUAACAGCCAACGACCCCCUCCAGACCCUCUUCCAGUUGCUCUCUGGUAGAGUCCCUGCUGUAGCCACGUGCUGUGGAAAUGAGAAAUGGGGAGACUGGAAGCCCCACCUAGCUGUUAUGCUCUCCAAUGAGACAGGAGAUCCUGCCCUGCAGCAACGGGCUAUCAUCACCAUGGGGGACACACUAGCUUCCAGGGGCCUUAUACAUGCCGCCCAUGUGUGCUACCUGACAGCCUAUGCUCCCUUUGGCAUAUUCACACAAAAGGCGGAGAGAUUGGUGCUUCUGGGCAGCAGCCACAGGCUCCCUUUCUUCGAUUUUGCCAAAAACUCUGCUAUCCAGUGCACUGAGUUGUUUGAAUACUGCCAGACGCUUGGCGGGAAAUCCUUCUCAAUCCCCUCUUUUCAGGUGUAUAAGUUCCUGUAUGCCAGCAGACUUCUGGACUGUGGGCUUGCAUCUCAAGCCUUCCACUACUGUGAGGUGGUAGCACAGGCAAUUCUCAGACAGAGGGAGCCGUUCCUCGUGCUCACUGGAGAGGUUAUUAAGCUGGCAGAGAGGCUGAGACACUCCGAGGGCCAGUUCAGUGAAGCAGGGGGCAGUGGGGAUGGACAGGACCCUGACUGGCUGAAACAUCUGCGCUUAAGGCAUCACAGUCUACAGAUGGGGAGUUACAGCAGUAUUGAACCGUACCAGCCGCCUCCUGAGGAAAGUGCUUUGGCCCCUGGGGAUAAUAAAGGCUGUUCAGAAUCUGAUUUGGAUGAUCUAAAGGCUGAUGCCCAGAGUCCAGAGCCUGAACUGCUUUAUUACAGAAAUACUGAAGAUCAAGAAACUCUUUGGCCUCAGGUUGGAGGAGAAAAUGAGCAAAUGACCGGAUUGUCAUGGGAUGUCAUGGGAGCACAGAACCGGUCACAGGCUACCUCUCUCCCACCACAAACAGUGGUUUAUGCCCCUCCAGUACUCCCAGUGGCUAGCAGCCAAGACCUAAGUUAUCAUAACACGGAUAGCAAUGAAGUCACUGCCUCCACUUAUUCAUAUUUGAAUGAUCACCCUUCAGUAACCGAGGGUGUUGAGUCUUCCUCUGGAAUAAACCCGAUGGAGGCUCAGAUGAAUGCUGUGCAAAGUCAGCAGACGGUCCCAGAACCGGCCAACAUCACACCAAAACAGAGUACCAAGACAGGGUGGUUUAGUGGAUGGUUCAAAUCAAAGCCCAAAGAUGAAGUAAAGGAGAGUUCAGAGCAAGCCAACACACCACAGACAAUGCCAGUACCUACAACUGCACUCUCCUCCCCUCCCCCACCUGCCAUGGGAUCUCCUGCUAUGUUUCCAUCCCAGCCCUCGCCUGCUGGGAUCAAUCCUUUUUCAAGGAAAGCGGGCCAGCAGCUCGGGUAGGCGCCCUGUCGACACCAACAGUGUAUCGCAGGAUCACCUCUGUCACAAUCAUCGCCCAGCAAAGCGGGGAUAUCACAAUACCUUGUAUUCGCAGGGGAUUUAUGGCGGCUGUUGUGAAGUGCUGAACCUGAUCAUGAAGGGGCUCGAUACCCAUGCCACCACCCACCUUUCUUUUUUUGGAUGCCCUGUUAACCUCCCACAGCUUGUCUAUCAUGCAGCAUGUUAUUUACAGAAAUCCACAGGAGAGACCAGCAGAGUUACUCAAAUAGCAGGAACUUAACAGCUGAAGCGUGUUUCAUAAGGGCUGAUGACAGGAAAUAAGCAUUGCAUGCAGGAGAUGGUCAGGGGUAGGGAUAUUUGAAUUAACUUGAUUUGCUGGUGUAUGCAAGGGAUUUAACCUGAUCCACUGAUGCCAACAACGCCAAGGCAAACUUUACUACUGGACACUGUUUACCACCAGCUAAUUAUGUCAUCUGACUCGCAUGAUCUCUGAAAAUGAGCUAUAAAAAUGAUCCGCAUUGCAUGCUGUAAGAGAAUAUCCAUCAGCUAUUUACAAGGGGUACACCAUCCAACUCGUUACAGUGCUGCUUUUUUAAAAUCUUAAAACAUAUUUCCUCAUAGUGGAUAACUGGGAGCACAAUUUAUCACCUAAGCAUGCAUUCAGAAGCAAAAACAAGAUUCAGUCCAAAGUGAAUUCAUAUUUUAUGAUAAUUUAUAGAACAAAAUUAACAUUGUUUUACAGACUUAUAAAGGUAUUUUUUCCAUCUCUAAAACCACAUAGUUUUAUUUUCAAUUACAAACCAUGCACGUUGAACGAAACAAGAAACAUACACAGGAAAAAUGGAAAGGUGUAUCCUCUUAUUGAUUAUAUCAUAUUGUGAGAGGAGGGGGGUUAAGAGUGUUGGGAUAGACCUCUGCCAGGCAGGCAGCCAGCCAAGGCAUUAACUGAGCCUCCCUCCCUACACACACACACUCACUGGAUCAACUCCUACAUGCUGAUGACAUGUGCAGUUUAUUAAUAUGGGAAGUGACUGCUUUGAACGUCCUUAAAUAAAUAUUUUCCAGAGACAAUUGAAAGCUAGGGUAUGACAAAUCUCAGCUACAAAAAAGUCCACUAUAAAAUAUAUAGUAAAUAAUAUAUAUAAUAUUUCUUAAAAGGGUAUUUUUGUAAAAUUCCUGCCUGAUCAAGUUGAUCAAUAUCCUUAGCCACAAUGGAUAUGUGUCUUCAUUUAUAAAUGAUUUUUUAUAUUUGUAUCUCAUAUAGCUUUAUGCUUUAUGUAUUGCAGUAUAUGUUUUUUUUUGCU